UGAAUCUCUUCACUGCUUCUUCUGAAAAGAUAUUAGAAAUAUCAUCUUCACAUUUACUGUGACCCUUUAGCAUCAACAAUGACAGCAGUUUUAUUGCUUUCUUGUGCCCUAUUGUGGUCUAGCGGCAAUAUUGCUGCAGCACAAGUAAAUUUGGGUGAUAUACCUAUCGAGAACCCAGACUUAUUUGGAGGUGAUAUAUUAGGCGUAGAUGAUGCUGAGGAUCGCAAUGCUAUUGUUGACAGCCGACAGAUAUGGCCUGGAGGUGUUGUACCCUAUGUAGAAGAUCCUGGAUUAAAGGCAACAGUAUUUAAGCUGACGUUGCAAGGAGCUUUCGAUCAGUACAAAAGGGACACCUGUAUUCGAUUCGUUCCUAGAACAACUGAGAAAGAUUAUAUCAGGUUAUUCCCUGGACAAGGGUGCUACUCUCAUGUCGGUAAAACAGGUGGGCAGCAACCCGUAUCUUUAGGUCAAGGAUGCGGAUGGAUGGGAACUAUUGUACAUGAGUUAGGACAUGCCAUUGGAUUCUACCAUGAACAAAAUAGAUCAGACAGAGAUGAUUGGCUCAUUAUAUAUUGGGAAAAUGUCAAAGAAGGUAUGGAAGACCAAUUUUUCAAGCUCAAACCUAACCAGAAUCAACUUUUGACUCCUUUUGAUUACGAUUCUAUCAUGUUAUAUGGUUCCUACACGUUUUCAAAAGAUCGGAAAAAGCUCAAGACGAUGGUUGGGAAGGACGGUAGAUUUCUGCAGGAAGUCAUUGCUAAGUACAGACUCAGCAAAAGUGAUAUAAAGAGAAUAAAUACAUUAUAUAAGUGUAAAGUUUAAAUGGUUAAUGUAUAAGUGCAAAAAGUAAAGUUAUGUAUUUAAUAAAAUUUACUUUUCAAUUGCCUUAA